UCAUAUGAUACGAUUGAACUUCAUUUAAUACCUAAACUUUAAAUUCACAACAUUGUAAGAAAUCACUGCUUUCUCAUUAAAUUUUAAAAAAUCUUCUUUCGCGCCACGUAUUGGAGUUUAAAUACUACAAAUACUACUAUACUCUUGAAAUGAUGCGCACUGUUGGUGAAGUCAGAAAUACGGUAAAACUAAACACAAUCGGUACGAAGUUUAAUUAGUAUCUAAAUUGUAAUUAUUAUGUCUUAUCAUUACAAAAUACCUUUAAAUAUCACCACAAAUGAAUGGCGCACAAGUGCGAUUGUUUCCGCUAAAAUCUUUUAUUUUUGUACUUUGCUCAAUGGACGAUUAACAGCGUUAUCUUACAUCUGAUGCUCUAUUUGCCAUCAUUUCCACCAUUGUAUUAACACCUGCAUCAAUGAGGGACAAUUUUAGUAUUCCUUACUUAGUAGACCAUUGACACUUCGAUGAUAAUUACGUCUUUUACAAAAUAAUAGAGCUGAAACAAAAAUAUGAAACAUUUACUCUGCGCGUUGCAAUUUUGCUUGGUUGUUUUAGUUGUCGACAUACAGUCGCGCAUUUAUCCGAAGUAUCCGAGAGAGGAGAAGAAGGACUAUGAUUGUAGUAGCCAGCAGGAGCCGGCCAGCAGUGAGUGUGACUCUGAUAAUGAAGUGAAUACUGACAGCAGACAGCAUUAUGAUGACUCCAAAGAGCACAGCGAUGUGGAGAGCACGAAGACGGCUACUAAUCCUACUGCCUGGGAAGUCGUCCGAUACGAAUCAAACCGGGAAGCUUCUACACAAAUAGUCGAUACGUCAACUACAGCAACAACUACGGAAGAAGAAGAACCCGUUACCUACCGCAUCCCCAGGGCCAGAACAAACGUAACCUGCCCUAACCAGGCGAACAGAAGCGAGGAGGAUAACGAAGAUAUGGAGAGCACUCUCGUCGACUACCCUUUCUCCGUGUCUAUACAAAAGAAAGGGGCACAUUACGUUUCUGGCGCCCUGAUAGAUAAAAGAUGGAUUCUCAGUGUGGCCGGGGAGUUUUAUAAUGUUAGAGAAUCAUUGAAACUAUUCAGAGCGAGACUAGGGUCGGUGGACUGCAAAAAAGGUGGCUCUCUAGUCCCUAUAAAGAGAAUAGAAAUCCACCCCUACUUCGUACCAGGGAAGCCGAACUUUGAUAUCGCCUUGUUAAGAAUGGCGCUACCUGUUGACUAUUCUGAUGUCCUGCGACCUAUCGGGGUCUCGAAUAUCAGGGGGAAAGUACUAGGAGCCAAGUUUAUGACUACGUAUUGGCCUAGAAUUGUGGUAAAAGGGCAGGCGUUGCCAGAAACAGCGAAAGAAAGAAUAAAGUACAACAGUAUGCGCGUCUCCACACAAAGGCUGAUCCCAACCGAGACUUGUACAAAAGUCAUGUUGGCCAUGAACGAGCAUUUGAACGAGUCUAGUUUAUGCCUGAAUCCCGUCUUAACGCACCACAGUAUUUGUAUGCCGGAUGCCGGGGCGCCAGUAGUUGCAGAAGAUGGCUUAUGGGGCAUCACCUCCGGCUGGAUAGCACCGACAUGCCCGACAUACGCCGGUCCUACGAUAUUCACACGACUCUCUUCAUCAUCCGUGCGCUCCUGGUUGGACAUACAUCUACUUAAUGUUUAGGUUAAGGUCAACUAUUUAUUACCUCACCGCAUGUCCAACAUUGGUCGGUUACGACAUUUUGAUACAAGGGCAGCAUAGAGAUGUAAGAUAACAAAAUAUACCGAGCACCGCGCGCCGUUGUUUUUGUUACGUUUGUACAUCUUCUUUUAAAAUAUGAAUUCCUAGUAGAAUUCACAGCUGAUUUUUGUUUCAUCAUGUCGUUUGUUAUUUAACAGAGUUUAAACUUUAAUUUAAAGUACCUAUGUAAU